GUUUACGUUUUCAAUCAAGAAAGAAAUUGACAGGAAGUUUUCGUGGAUAAAUUGUGUAUUCUUGAGUGGAAAUGUUCUACAUUUAUUUAAAUUCAUAUCAAAGUGGAGUAUCUAAAGUUAUUUGUGAAUAAUGAAAGAAAAUUAUGUAUUUAACCAAAUUUAUGGAUGGGUUUCUUUCUAAUCGUUUCCUGUGAAUUAUGUUCGGGUUAAAAUGUCAAAAAUGUAUAGGAAUUUUUACCAGGUGAUUCUCCUAGUGUUCUUUGCAUGUUCCACUUUUACUGAAAAGAGUAUCAUUACUGCACAAGCAGUCUCUUCAUCAACAGUUGAAUCUUCCUCGCAAGAACUUGAAAGAAUUCCUUUGCCUGAUGAAAACUGCCCUAAGGAGGAUGUACCAUGUCAAGAAGAUAUUGUUUCUCUUGAUGCCAUAAAAACACUUCAUAAACAGAUUGAUGACGAUGAGAGCGGAAAUAUUGACAAGAAUGAAAGCAAAGAGUUUUUCCGAGAUGAGUUGCAGAACACAGAUGGGUUUGAAAGGCAGUCGAUAUUCCAUGGACAUGAUGAUAAAAUAAGUGUAGCUGAUCUCUGGAAUGCAUGGAAAAGAUCUCAUGUAUAUAACUGGACAGUGGAGGAUGUGGUAGAAUGGUUGAUAUGGUCAGUGGAUUUACCGCAGUAUGCUCAAUUGUUCAGGGAUAAACACAUCAAUGGGUCAUACUUACCCAG